AUGGACCCAUCCGUGAGACGGGAUCCGGAGCUGGAGGGUUCCGCGGAGAGCUCGCUACCGCAGCCUGCGCCUGCCGGGCCUCGUCCGCGUCUCCCUGCGCACCCCUCCGCGAGCGAGCCCGUGCACCACUUUGAGCGGGUUCAAACGCUUCCCCAUCGUCCUGCCGCGCGCCCCGCCUCGCCGGAGUAUUCGUGGGCGCCUGCUCGUGUUGCGUCGAACCGCCCGGACGGUCAGCCGCGGCAGGAGCGCGGGUGCUCGCCUCUGCGGCACCCUCAACAGCCGCCCUCUCCUCGCCGCCCUUCUCCUAAGCGUCGCGAGAACUAUCAGCGCGGGGAGGGGGGUAAGCGUUCUCCUGCACGUCCUCUCUCCCCUCGACGCCCAUCCCCUCGUGGUCAGGCAGGCCAGCGCUCACCGCGAGCGCGAUCCCCCGCGCAACGUUCUCCUCGGCUAUCUCCGGCGACGCGGGGGAGGGGGUCGCCUGGUCGUCGCUGGGAUUCGGGUCGCCGCGAGCAGUCCCCCCCGCGUCCACAUUCGGCUGGUUCUGGGGGACGGCGGGGCUGGCGGAAGGGCGGAGGGCGAGGCGGGAAUGGCAACCAGCCUGAUCCAGCCCUCGAUCAUGCUGCGGACACGUUCGUGGAGGUGGUGAGGCAGGCCCGGGCGAGUGGGGCGCCGACUCACGUCCAUAUUGAGGUGACCAACGGUCCCCCCUUCGCCGCGGACCCAGGCCAGGUUCCCGGCUUCUCUGCGCCGCGCUUGGCUGUUGGCCGGACUCUUGGCUGGUCGGCGGCAUUUCCGCGCGAAGCGCAGACUGCACCUCUCCCCACUCGCGCGGGGAGAGACCCCAUGCUGACCAUGUGCCGGGUUCUGAAUCUGGCGGAGGCGUGCGAGGUGGUGGCGAACUUGCAGCUGGCGGUGUGUGGGGCCACGAGGAGCUUUCCGAGCAGUUUUGGUCCAGGGACCCGAGGAUCCUGCGUGACUUUGGCAGAAUCACUCGAGUCGCCGUUGGCACCCGUAUCGGACGCGCCCGCCGGGGUAGCUCCCUUAGCCCGUACUUUCCCCCGCCACGUGGGGGAUCUUGUAGGGGCUGCUCAAGCCGGGACCCCCUUGGACACGCUCCAGUCGUCGGCGCAUCUCCUUCUUGCGUUGUCGGCGUGCAUGCGCUCGAUGCUUGAGGUGGAGGGGGCGGAGCCGUACACGAUGUAG